AUGGUAUGCGUCUCGACUUUAUCCAAGAGCAUCUCAUUAAAAGUGGGGAUGCUUUUACGUCGGAUCUGGACGUUCCGUCGUAGAUAUUGCACGUUUCCCCUGUUGCUUUUUGGGGUAGCGGUAUGUCUCUUUUAUCAAACUUUGAUGGUGGACCGGAGUCGGUUCAAAUCCGGUCAACCUAACGGACUUAAUAAGACCAUCAUAACGGACCAAGAAUUACUUCUGAAGUUCCCAGAACGCCUUAUAUCUCUGCUUGAAACCACACUGGCCGAUAAUGACGUGCAGAGGUCCAAACAGAGUCAUGCAGGUCGAGUGGUUGUGCUGACGGGUCAGCAUGUCGCUACAGAUACAGAGGUCCAGCUGUACCAGAGAGUUCUACAGCUGCAGGGUUACCAUGUCGACCUGGCCCGCUAUGCAGAGACUAGCUCCGCACUCCGGCAGGAUAAGAAAAACGGCGGUGGAUGGACCCUCCUAAUAUGUCUGAAAGGGUCAGAGAAAAGUUGCCUUAGAAAGAUCAGGUUUUCUCAUCUAAAGCCCAACCAAAGGGUCAACAUCAUACCAAGGCUUGUUGAAGCGUUUCAGGUUACGGAUGGAGUAUGCCACUUUCUCAAAGACGAGAGAUUAUCAGGAUUGACAUUACCCAUAAUUCCAUCUGCCUGUGGACCCUCUGGAGCUCCUAGGGGUGACUGGAGACUGGACGUCCCCUCUGACUCUUCAGUGAAGCAGGUCCCUGUUUCCAUGGUGAAUGUUUAUGUCCUGGUUUCCUCGGCAACACCCCUCACAGCCUUUUUUCAUCAGACUGGCUUGGUUAAAUCCCACCUGGACAAUACCAGUCAUGCAGUUAAGCUCCAGGUGUUCUUUCAAGAGAAGCUGGGUCCUGUGUCUUCUGUGCGAACCAGUGAACAGAUGAAACAGGUCAUCACAGAGGUCCUAAUGGCUGCUUUACUAACCACUGAAGAGUCCAGCUCAGAGCCAUGGUGUCGCCUUUGUUUUCAGUUGCUGACUUUCACUCUGCACUUCAGUGCCUCGCUGCCCUCUGUAGUGACUAAGGUGCAGAUGGGCUUACACUUUGAGGGUCUGCGGGAUCCAGUCUUUGACGGACAGAUCACCAAAGAGUUCAUGCUGGAGGAUGUGCUCAACUUCCUUCUCCCUCCGUCUCAGAGCGCUGUAGAGCAGGAGUCCCCGUCUCAGGACAGAGCCCAGAGAGAGGCUGCAGUCAGGUAUCAUAGCUGUGAAUCAACAAAAAGCCUUUGUAUGCCACCAGAUGAGAUGCAACUGAUGCUUCAGUUUCAUCAGCAGCUUAAGAAGCCUGAGAAUUUUGGAUUGCCUUCCAUGACCCCCAAAAAGAAAGAUAGGUGUGUAGAUCCCCAUCUCAGACAGCUGUACACAGACCCAGCACUGGUUCUGACCCCGUUGUUUAACCCCUGGGUGAAAGAGUACCGUGCUGAAGUCCCCUUUGAUGUAGUUACAAUCCGGAUCCGACCUGAACCGGUCAGUCCUCAUUGUCACAUCCAUCUGGAUGAGCAGAGGGGACCAAGGAUGGCAAACUAUCCUGUUGGCCUAGGCAACAGCAGAAUCAACAUUCUGGUGAUGGACGAGUCUGAGCCAGAGCCCGUCGUCAUGACGAUAUACACUCUGCACAUAUUCCGGGAGAGCAGGCCCAGUCUGCCUAUGUUUGACGACUAUGUGAUGUGUGGCUUUGUGCAGGAUUGUGGUCUGGUGGUCCAACCUGAUCAGCCCUGUGGUUUGGAGCCCCUUGCUUGGCUUAACUCUCCAGGUGAUCCCAAGGCUUCAGCUCGGCCUUGUACCUCAGGAGAUGUUCCAGGGCGCUGGGUGGUUCCAUGCCUCAGUUGCUCUGACAACAGGACUUGUGAUUGGAGGGAGGUUACAUGGCAUCCAGACAGCUGUUAUUAUCCCUUGCUGCACAGACCUCAAUUACAGAAAUGUAUGAUGGAUAAGAAGGUCUUGUUCAUUGGUGACUCCACCAAUCGAGGGAUGAUGUAUUACUUGAUGGAGCGAGUGAACACUACGCUGGAGGACUGGGACAAAGCCCAUGACACCAUCAUCUACCACAACCUCAACCAGGGCAGGACACUCAUCAGUUACACCUACUACCCCCAGUUCUGGCUGCACAGGACUCAAAGACCGACCUUUGAAAGAGCCCUACUGGAGCUUAUAGAGAGGUCUCGUCCUUUGGAGAACUCCCAUCAGACGGUACUGGUUGUAGGAGGAGUUCAGUGGCUCAACUUAAACCAUCUGAUGGCUAUGCAACAGGUCUUAGAGAGAGAGAAUUUGCAGAAUAUUCUUGUGGUGGUCAAAUCUAUGGGUAUGGGUUUCCACCUCCCCGUGGAUGGGAUUCGCUCACUGUCUUUGUCUGGGGUUCAAGAACUUUACAAAAUGAACAAGAACAUUCUCACAAGUGCAAAGAAUUCUGGGUAUGAAGUUGUAGACACCUUCAGCAUCACGAUGGGCCGUUAUAAAGAGUUCCUGCAAGGCCGAUGUGCCUGUCAUUUCCACGAGGUAGGGAAACCCUCAUUCUCCUCAGCACCUCUACACAGGAAAAUGAAGAUCCUGAGACAUGGAGGUGAAAGUGGGACUGAGACCAAUAGACCAUUUGACCAACAAGAGGAGGUGCUAUGGUCUCAACCCAAUUCGUCGUAUCAUGUUAGAGGAGCAGUGAAUCAGGUCUAUUCUGAGAUUCUGCUGAGCAGAGUGUGUGCUAACCAUGGACACAACAAAACUGCAGUCCUCACUGACUGA